UCAAUCAGUCGAUAACGCGCCUUGCUGCCUCUUGACAGCAAACCACAUCAACGCGCAUGGCCAGGGACCCGCAGCAAGCAUAGCGGACCGGUGCACAGACCCAGGCUGCAUCGCACGACGCCGCACAGCGUCGCACUCGCCGGCCGCCAUGCUGGCCGGGACACUGCAGCAGGGCGUCUACGACGUCAACGCCAGCGCCCUCAUCUAUGCGGCGCUGAGCUUCGGCGCAUGGCUCGUGCUGCCCAAGGCGCUGCGCGUGCCGUUUGAGCCGCGCCAGAUUCUCUUCUCAUCGCCGCCCGAGUUCGCGGCGGCGCUGCUCGGGCCCGUGCUGCCGGCCGGCUCCUUCCUGACGGCAGUGACGCGCAUCGUGCAGCUCGCCCUGCUCGCGCUCAUCGUUAUUCCUCGCGCGCCGCUGCUCCUUGCGCCCUGGACGGUGUAUGCGCUCUGGAUCCUGACGGUGACGCUGCGCAGCUUCCUCGCCCUCGCCUCGGUGGCACUUGGCUGGAAGGUGCCGUUCUUCUUCAGCCACCCGGCCGUGUACGAGGCCACGGCGGGGCUGGGACCAGUGCUCGUCGCCAUCGACGUGGCCACCUUCCUGCAGCUGCGCCUGCCAAAUGACCCGUCGCCAGUGCCAAGCGCCGCCUCGACGCCUCUGGCAGGCUCGAAUCGAGUCGUGGCGCUGCAUGCCGGCGUCGCAGGCCUGCUUUGCCUCAUCGAGGGCGCGCCGUGGAGCUACGCCUGCGGCGCAGUCGUCGGGGCGAUUUUCGGUGUGCUGAAUGUGCUGGCGUCGCGCUUCCAGCUGCAGGGAAAGUACAGCUUAUUGGGCUCUGCCGACAACGCGCAGCCGCAAGCCAGCGACGACGAGGCAGCCACGUCGUCGCGGCACCAGCGCACUCCGAGCAUCAUCGCUCCGCCAGGCGCGCGCAAAUCGACCAAGAUCGUCCUCAGCCGCUUGCUCGCUCAUCUGGCGGCCUUCUGCGUCGUGUCGAUCUUCACGGCCGACCGACUGGCCUUACGGCCAAAGCUUGCCGACGUCGGGCCCACGACGACGGCUGGUCGGCCGCUGCUGGACAUUGUGCUCCUGACCGCGCCCCGGCCGCGCGGCUCCGACAUCUCCUCGGACCUGCUGCAGCGCACCGUCGCGUCGUACUUCGACAUCAUCCCGACCGAGUCCGUGCUGCCGUCGCCGCCUCGUCUGUCGGUCUUCACGCACUUCACCGAGAAGGAGCACCCUGCGUUCGAUCGCGUUGCCGCGCACUACGAGCACAUCACGCGGCCACUGGGCAACCGCUCCUCGUCCGUCGUCUUCUAUCGCGAUCAGGAUCAGCACCCGGCCGACCACGUGCGGCAUCACCUCCACCUCGCAGAGCUGCUGCGCUGGUCGCACCAGCGCAAGGACGCUUCGGAGUGGACACUCGUGGUGGAAGACGACUAUGCGCUGUGCGGCAAGUGGGGCUGGCGCGGCAUGGAGGCCGUCGUUGCGACACUCGAGCAGGACCGCAAGACCUCGGCGCACCUUCGUCUCUCUGCCGAGUCGAAGCACCAGACCCCGCCGGAUGAGACGCCGCUCGCUGGCUGGAUCGGCGCGGGCGGCUCUGGCCUCAUUCUGCAUCGCUCGAUGUUGCCUCUGGCGCAGCGGCUGCUCAGCCUGUACACGACGGGCAACGAUCUGCGGCAACUGACGCCGGCGAACGCGGUGCUGCUGCAGUGCCUGACUGGCGAGAGUGAGUGCUGUCAGGCUGCUGUGUCAAACGCCGCUCGCUGAUGCAAACCGCCGAACAGUCAGCCUGUGCGGCCAUGCCGGCAUCGUGAUCUCGUCGCGAAUGCUCAUGGAGCACACGGGCGCCGGCAAUAGCGCGCUGGGACAGAACACGAGGGCGAGCGAGUGGCGCUGCGGCUGGCGGUGAGUGGUGCUGUGCCGUCUGCGCGGAGCUGGCCAUCCAACCUGACACCUCACACAUCCUCAGGCAACCGGGACAUGGGCGUACGUUCGUGCGAAGCGUCAUCGAUGUCUAGGUAGUAGGUCGGACAAGCAUAUGAAGUGAGGCUGGUAGGAAGGCGGAACGGUGGUACGACACGGACGAAUCUACGCCAUUGCGUUCCAGGUGAUCUCGACUGCGCCUGUGUCGACGCCAAGCUUAUCGUAGAUGGCCUGCGAGAUGCCCAUGUCGCCUAGUGGUCACACGUCAGCGAGCGCUGAGGCAAGUGCAUUGUGAGGCGUGCUUACUGAAAGCGUAGU